CUCACCAAACUUGUACCUAACCCAAAACUUAUAGCCACUCAUUCUUCAUGGAAUCUAGAAGACAAGCCCUCUUAGUAUUACAAAAGCGAAAAGGAAAAAGAAGAGCAAAUCAAACUCUAUAAGGAUUUGUUCUCCCCAAUUUAUUUUCAGUUCACUUUCGUUCAAUUCAGUUCAGUUGUAAUCAAAUCAGUUCAAUUCAGUCAUUUCAGUUUCAAUUAUCAUUUCUGUUAGUUAUAAUUUAAUUCAUUUCAGUUCAGUUGCAGUCCGUUUAGUUCAGUUAUUUUAUGUCAAAGAGAAUAUGCCUACGUGUGGUAUACAGUUUGGCACCAAUCACCAUGAUCCUUAUAAAAACAUUGCUGUUUUCUGAGUACAUACGUAGUGGUGGGUAAAUUCCUUCAUUCAAAGAGCAAAGAACAGGAAACAUCAAAUCAAGAAAAAUGGGUGAGAAAUUGUCUUCAAAUGAUUCAGAGAUCACCCCACUGUUAACCCCAUACCAAAUGGGUAAUUUCCAUCUUUCUCAUAGGGUUGUUUUAGCACCACUAACAAGAUUCAGGUCUUAUGGAUAUAUUCCUCAACCACACGCAAUUCUGUAUUACUCUCAGAGAGCUUCAAAUGGUGGUUUUCUCAUAUCUGAGGCAGCUGUAGUUUCUGAAACUGGUCGAGGGUACAAAGACACACCUGGUAUAUGGACAAAACAACAAGUUGAAGCAUGGAAACCUAUUGUUGAUGCUGUGCAUGCAAAAGGGGGUAUAUUUUUCUGUCAGUUAUGGCAUGUUGGACGUGUUUCAAACAACGCAUUCCAGCCAAAUGGGCAAGCUCCAAUUUCUUGCACUGAUAAACCUGUACCUGAAGUUUGGAGCAGUGGAGAAUCAUAUUCGAUCCCAAGGCCGUUAAGAACGGAUGAAAUACCUUUUGUUGUGAAUGAAUUCAGACUUGCUGCUAGGAAUGCAAUCGAAGCUGGCUUUGAUGGUGUUGAAAUCCAUGGGGCUCAUGGCUACAUCAUUGAUCAGUUUAUGAAAGACCAAGUUAAUGAUCGAACAGACGAAUAUGGUGGAUCUCUAGAGAAUCGUUGUAGAUUCGCUCUAGAAGUAGUUGAAGCAGUUGCAAAGGAGAUUGGUGCAGGGCGAGUUGGGUUUCGAAUAUCUCCUUUCGCCAAUUACAUGGAAUCAGCAGACUCAAAUCCAGAAGCUCUAAGUCUCUAUAUGGCUGAAUCCCUCAGCAAGCAUGGAAUUCUCUAUUGUCACGCAAUCGAACCAAGGAUGAUAACCGCGACAGAGAAAUUCGAGUCUCCUCAUAGUCUACUACCUAUGAGGAAGGCUUUUAAUGGUACUUUCAUUGUUGCAGGAGGUUAUGAUAGAGAAGAUGGAAAUAAGGUUGUAAUGAAGGAUGAUACUGAUCUUGUAGCAUAUGGUCGUUUGUUUUUAGCUAAUCCAGAUUUACCCAAAAGAUUUCAACUUAAGGCUGCUCUUAAUAAAUUUAACAGAGAUACAUGUUACAUUUCUGAUCCUAUUCUUGGUUACACUGAUUAUCCAUUCCUUGAAGAAAGCCACCAAAUGAAGAUAUGAUAUAGAUUAUAGCAUCAGUUAUUUGUACUAGUAUAUGUUUUUUGCUCUUGUACUUAGCUUGUAUGAGUGUAUCUAUGGUAAAAACAUUGUUUAGAAAAUACAACUUUGUGUAUCUUUUCAUGCA